CGCGGCGGCGGAGCCAUGGCGGCGGCGGCGGCCUCGGCGGCCACGGCCCGUGCCCGCGGAGCCGGCCCGGCGUGGCGGCUGCGCCUGCUGUGCCAGCGCUACCAGGAGUACGUGAGGCGGCACCCGGCCGCCACGGCCCAGCUGGAGGGCACCGUGCGGGGACUCUCCUACCUGCUGCCAGGUCGCUUCUCGGACUCGCACGCGCUGUCGGAGCUGGUGUACUCUGCCUCCAACCUUUUAGUGCUGUUAAAUGACUGGAUUCUCCGAAAGGACCUGCAGCAAAGCCUGCCCGUGUCACUGCCCCAGCAGAAGCUGCUGACCUGGCUGAGUGUGCUAGAAUGCGUGGAGGUCUUUGCAGAGAUGGGGACAGCCAGGGUGUGGGGGGAGAUGGGCCGGUGGACCAUCAUUGUCCUCAUCCAGCUGGCUAAAGCCAUCCUUCGUCUCCUGCUCCUGCUGUGGUACAAAGCUGGCAUCCAGAUGUCUCCUCCCAUCGUGCCACUGAACAGGGAGCAGCAGCAGCCUCUCCACCCUCAAGACACAGAAGACAACUCUUCAGGGAAGGAUCAGACCUAUGUUGGCAGGCGUUCCAGCCGUGUUGUGCGCUCUCUCCAGAGCACCCCAUCCCUGCAGUCCCGGCACUGGGGGUCCCCCCAGCAGAGGGAGGAGUCACAGAGCAGAAGAGCGGAGGAGAUGAACCAGCCACCCACGCCUCUGGGUCUCCAAGAAACCAUCGCAGAAUCCCUCUACAUUACCCGCCCUCUGCUCCACCUAUUGAGUUUAGGAGUGUGGGGCCAGAGAUCAUGGAAGCCCUGGCUCCUCUCAGCAGUCCUGGACAUCUCAAGUCUGAGCUUGCUGAGUGAUCUGAAAGACCUGAACAGGCGAGAGCGAGCGGAGCUGAGGCGACGAACCGUCCUACUGCUGUACUACCUGCUGAGAUCUCCUUUCUAUGACCGAUACUCAGAGGGCAGGAUCCUUCUCCUUCUGCGCUUGUUGGCUGAUUACGUGCCUGGAGUUGGCUUCGUCACACGGCCACUGAUGGAUUACUUGCCUGCUUGGCAGAAAAUCUAUUUCUAUAACUGGGGCUGAUGAGAAGAUGAUUAUUCUCUGCUAAGAUCAUGGCUGGACCUUUCUAAGGAGGGCAAGCAGGCUGGGGGGAGGGAUGUUGAUAAUGUCUAAUUCUCAGUUAAACCAUCAAUGAGAAGCUCCUGUUCUGCAGGGUGGGGAGAGGGGGUGUAUGUGAUUUUUUUUAAUGGAUCUAGCUGUGAAUGAUGGACACUACAUGUGUGCAGAGACUCUGGCCACCUAUUUCUUGGACCGUUCUGUGGCUACAGUGAUGGUGAUGGGGCAAUCUCUUUUUUAAGCACUUGUUUUUUCUCUUUUUGUACAGCUGUGCUAUAAUAAAGCCAGGCAGCAUAGUGGGUUUUUGGAGAGCAUUGUCUCACAUGUCAAGGUGCUGCGGUUGAACCUGCAACCUGCUUGUGUUGGCUGUGCUUGGCCGAUCUGCUUGGAGCGGACUUGUCUGUCAAAUAAACUGACCCAUGGGAGAGAACUGA